AUGAUGUAUUCACCAAAAACAAAACCAUAUCCGAUUGGGAGGGAACAUCCGCGGAAGCAACUGCCGGACUGCACCAAAAUUCGUUGUCCAUUAUCGAUGCUUGAUCAUCGUGUCCACUUCCUGAUCAACAAAUUUUCUGACCUCGAUAAUGCAGCCAACCAUGCUUGUUUAGCUGUGAGGAAGAAUAUGAACCCCGGAAAGGAAAUCUUUACCUCCAAUUCUUUCAACUCUUCCAAGAUGAAUCUUGGCAUCUUUACAUGCAAUCUCAUCAACAGAUCCCACUGCCUGGAAGGCCGGAUUGACGACGCUCUUCAACUCUACAACUACCUCUUGGACCACACUCCUUCCCUGGACCACAAGAUAUACGACCUCUUGACCAAAGCUCUGGUCAAUGCAUGA